AUGAGCCCCCGAGAACUGAGCUCUAACUAUGAACCUUAUGUAGACAUGAUGCGAACAUAUGCGACGUUAUACAAUAAGUUAGACAGUAAUGACACCACAGAAGAUGAACUACAAAAACUAGCCAAUGUGACAGACAACUACACCGAUCGUGUCACGAGACCAACGGAUAGGCUAACCCUGACUAUAAUCCGUACCAUUCCAUCGAACGUUAUUGCCACUCGGGUAAUUCAGAAAGGCGACAAAGGUUAA